CUUGGUUUCACAAGCAACACAAGUCUUUUACAUCCUAAAACAUCACAACUCAAUAUCUAUUUCUCAUCCAUUCCAACAUAAAAUAAACAAUGGGUUUCCGCAGUAUUAUUAGAAGAAGAUCAUUUUCCAAAACCCAAGGAUCUACCAAAGGAUUUGAAGUCCCUAAAGGCUAUCUUGCGGUCUAUGUUGGAGAUAAAAUGAGGCGGUUUGUGAUUCCGGUAUCAUACUUGAACCAACCAUUGUUUCAAGAAUUAUUAAAUCAAGCAGAAGAAGAAUUUGGAUAUGAUCAUCCCAUGGGUGGUCUCACAAUUCCAUGCAGUGAAGAUAAAUUCCUAAAUCUCACUUCUCGCUUGAGCGAAUUGUAGACCAUGAUGAUGAAGAUUCAUAUAGACUAGUCAAGGCUAAUUUGUAGAGAAGGCAUAUUUUUUUGUAUCAUGAAGAUUUUUCAUUUUGUUUCUUCCAUGUAUCAUUCCUACGGAAAUAUUGUUUCCAGAAUGAGAAUGUUAUGAUACAACACAUUGUUGAAACACAGAUUUUUUUUUCCAAAUCUCAAUGAAACAGCUUUAACCACUUGUUGCUAGAUUCUUCUAUAAUUUUUAUUUCGUGCUUUCAGCAUCACUAGCUUUGAAUAAUUAUUUUCAUUGAAUUUGGACUGUUCCAUCUAUAUUGGUAAAGUUGUAACAUUUAACUUACUUCCAUUGCAUUUUUUGUAGAAAUUUUUAAAAAAUAUCCUAGUAACCAAGUACUAAACAUUGAAAAGCUGCUAAAGAAACGUUGAG